GAAAUGCACAUUAGUGAUCCGGCAUCGAAAAUAAUCAGGAAUACAGAACAAUGGUGUUCCUAAGCCUAAUACUUGCGGUGCUCAUUCCUAUGGCGCUGAGCUAUGACGCAGCUUAUGACAAAGUUGAUGCAAACAAGGUGCUUGCUGACGACCCUUUGUUUAGGUCUUACAUCGAUUGCUUUCUCGACAGAAAGCCAUGCACCGCUGAUUUCUCUGAGGAAUUUAAAAAAAUUCUUCCCGAAGUUAUAAAAGAAGCAUGCGCUAAAUGUUCCGAACCACAAAAGAAGAACGUAAGAAAGAUUGUCAAAGCUCUUUAUGAAAAAUAUCCGGAUGACGCUAUCAAAUUUGCGGAUAAAUAUGAUCCUAAACGAGAAUACGAAUCUGCUUUCGCUGCUUUUGUUGCCGAAGAGUAACUAUGUUCACAAGAGAAUUCAAAGUAUUUAUUCCCUUUCCACUAUAUAAAAAAGGGUAAUAAAUUAUUCGUCUCUGUAAUCCUUUAACGACUACUGGCUAUGUUAUAUUAUAUCAUUUUAUCACCUAA